AUGCCAUCAGACAAGAAAAAGACAUCAAACUCUGGAAAAUCCGCCCAACACACUAUCAGCGAUUUUAUCGGUGCAUUUGCCGUGACUCCAUCUCACCCAUUUGGUAUUUCAUUUUCAUCCAACAUGUCACCAGUUGAAGAAAGUGACAUUGCUAAUAGCGAUAAAAGAUCUGCCCACAAUGCUCUCGAACGUCAGCGUCGAGAAGGUCUCAAUACAAAGUACCAGCAACUUGCGCAUGCAUUACCUUCUCUUCAGACCGUUCGUCGUCCCAGCAAAACCAUGAUUAUCACAAGAUCAUUGGAAUAUGUUUCCACAUCUGUUCAGCGUGAAUCAACGUAUCAGAAACAGCUGCGAAUCUUGCGAGAAGAAAAUGAAAAACUACGAAAACAAGCCCACAGAUCAAGUGCGUUUUUGAAAAAGAAACUCCAUCUAGAUUCCUUCCAGACCAAGAAAAGCCCUGAAAACAUAGCUACUACUAGUACUGUGAGUGGAAACAGCAUCGGAGCAGGUAGCAAGAAAAUCUCGUCGCCAGUGUCUCCUACUCCAUCUGCUCGUGUGGUCAAGAAAAAGUCAUCCAGAUCAUUCCUCAAGAAAUUCACUUCAAAGCUCCACCCUCAGAUGAGACCCAAACAGAAAGUCAAGUUUGAGCAGGAACAGAAACAGGAACGAGAUCGGGAACAAACCAAGAGAUCCCCAGGCACUCAACAGCAGGCUUUUCAGGAAGAAGGCUCAGGCUCAGGUUCAGUUCCAGUUCCAGUACCAAUGCCAAUUCCAGCCCCAGUGCCAGUGCCAGUGCCAGCGCAAAUUAAAGCUCCAACGCCAAUGCCAGUAGUCGACACAAACACAGUCGCUACCCUCUUGGCCACCCAGACCCCAUUGUCCUCACCAUCUUACUUAUCUUCAUCGACCAUCUCUCCCCUACCACCUCACCCACUUCCUCCUCUGUUUAGUGCUCCUUAUUUAUCUGCUCAUUCUCCAUAUCCUUUAUCGGUCAAUCCAGCACUGAUGCCCCAAUUAGACGACACUCUUUCUCCUCUUGAGCAAGUUUGGCUAACUGACAAUUUGGCUGGACAAAGCGCGAUGUACAGCUUUGAUCAGACUAAUAUGAACACAACGGACUCUUAUUUUAUGGAUUCACAGAUGGUACAGAUGCCACAAAACAUGUGUGGAGCUGGUGGGUUACAUCAGCCCACCCACACACCAUUAAACCAAACACCAUCGACUCAGUAUCCUGAAGCAAUCGAUUACAACAAUCUUGAAUCUUAUUAUUAUUUUGGUGUUCCAUCCACAGACCCACUCUUCAACAUGCCUUUACCUGUCACGAGUGCCGAGAUGUCUCUCAUUACAUCUUACAUUGAACAAGAAGAUAUGUCACCGAUAUUUAUGCAAAAUAUGUCAAGCAAUGGCUAUCCAUACAUCUAG